GCAGCUCUCUGUGUGUCGUUGCAAUGUGGUUUUCCUCUCAGGGAAGCACUAAAGCCCUGAAUUCUCAGUCUGGCUUGCACAUGCUGUCAGAGGCUAGCAGGAGACAGUUUUCCUUUUAAUACAAGGAGGAGAAAAAGCUUUCACUACUGACUCCUCUGGAAAGAAAAUGAAGGGUGCUGCCAGACCUUGGAGUGCAAUGGCAAAGCAAGGGAACCAUGGAAUUGACCGAGGAAAAUCUCUCCCCACUGCUUCCUCGGGCAUGAAGACCUCCAAAUCCUCUACUUCACUUGCUUUUGAAUCUCGGCUCAGCAAGUUAAAAAGAGCUAGCAGCGAUGACAUGUUAACAAAGCCAGGAGUGACAACAGCCUCUGGUGUCUCCAGGCUGAAGAAGACUAUUACAACAGGAGCAAUUUCUGAGCUUACUGAGAAUCGACUGAAGUCCAGCACAGGAAUUGUUUCAUCAGCGAAGCGCACAGGAAUUCCGGCUCCUCGGGAAAUUUCAUCAACUGUCUCCAGAGAGAGAGCUGUGUUGCGUGGUCCAGCCAACACCAGGAAAACUCAGCCCAGCCCAACUUCUUCUGGCACGCCCACCCCUACUAAGCCCCUGCGUCCUUCUGCCAAGUCUGGGGACAAGGCCGUUCUGGAGUCCCAGGUUAAGGAACUCUUGGCAGAAGCAAAGACAAAAGACACUGAAAUCACCAAGCUCCGGAGCGAGCUGAAGAAAUGCAAACACAAAGGGUCAGGUAACUCUGAAGGGAUCGGUGCUUCAGACCAAAAUUUAGAGACGUUACCAUUAUCACCUGGUGACAUAGACCCAUUAAUACAGACUCUUCAGGAAAAGAACAGGACUUUUCAAAAAGAGCUUGCUAGCCUGGUGGAAGAAAACCGGGUGUUGAAGGAGAAACUGAUUUAUCUAGAGCACUCCCCUCUCUCGGACACAACAACGAGCAGCGGGGGUGACAGCAGCUUCACAACCCCAGUCACUCAAGAAUCAAGUUUUGGAAGCCCAACAAAAAAUCUAUUGAGAGGUGAACCAGAUGAGCCCAGACAGCGUGUGAAUGGAGAAGCAUUGCGAAAGUCAGGUUCUUCUAGCAGUGAUGUGACUAAAGCCUCCUUGUCACCCGAUGCAUCCGAUUUUGAACAUAUAGCAGAUGUACCUUCUAGGCCAGCCUCCUCCAACAGCAACCCCUUCAAGGGUUCCAGAUGCUCCACCACAGGGAGUUCUCCGAACAACAUUAGUGACCUUUCUGUGGCCUCCCUGACGGAGAAGAUACAAAAAAUGGAAGAAAACCACCACAGCACAGCAGAAGAGCUUCAAGCCACUUUGCAGGAGCUGUCAGACCAGCAGCAAAUGGUGCAGGAGCUGACAGCAGAAAACGAGAAGCUAGUGGAAGAGAAAGCUCUGCUGGAGACCUCCUUGCAUCAGCACAAAGAGAGAGCAGAACAGCUUAGUCAAGAAAAAGAAAAGCUGAUGACUCUCCUACAAGAGCGAUCCAAGAAUGAAGAAACCAAAAUUCUGGAGGGGAAAAUCCUUGAACUGGAGCAGAAAUGCACAGAAUUGCUUGAAAAAGCACAGUUUGAAAGAGAGAAGCUGCUCAACAUCCAGCAACAAUUAUCCAGCAGCCUACGGGGCUUAGAAAGGGAGCACCAAGAUGCUCAAGAGGUGAUCAAGGGCCUGAGAGAGGAAAAUGAGAAGUUAGGUGGGCUUUUAGAAAUGGAACGACAGAACAGCAGCAUGGUGGCAAAGUCUCUAGAGGACUGUAAAGUUGCCUUAGAAGGCCUGAAGAUUGAAAAUGGAUCUCUCAAAACUCAGUUAGACAGUGAGAAACAAAAAGCUGCAGAGAUCAAUGCAAUGGGAUGUACUACUGACAAUUCUGAGGUGCAAGAGAUGUUGAAAGUGGCUCAUGCAGAGAAGGAUCAUUUAGAACUAGCUUGUACAGAGCUCAAACAAGAGCUGCUGAAGGCAAACAGUGAAGUAAAACAUGUCCAGGGUCUACUGGCCAAGGUGGAGAAGGAAUGUGGUCAGCUGAAGGAGUUAUAUGACCGACAGGCUGAACAGUUGAGCAGAACCAGCCUGAAGCUGCAGGAGAAAACUUCUGAGAAUGAGUCUGAGAUCAAAAACCUGAAGGAGACCAUCUUUGAGCUGGAGGACCAGGUGGAGCAGCAACGUGCUAUCAAACUGCACAACAACCAGCUCAUCAGUGACCUGGAGAGUAACGUGAUGAAUCUAGAAGAGCACAAGCUGGAUCUGGAGAGGCAGCUGAAGGGUCUGACUAAGCAGAUAAAGGAAGAUGCAGAGGAGUGGAGGCGUUUUCAAGCUGACCUACAGACUGCAGUGGUGGUAGCCAAUGAUAUCAAGUGUGAGGCUCAGCAGGAGCUGCGGGUGGUGAAGAGGAAGCUCCAGGAGGAAGAGGAGAAAAAUGCCAAGCUGCAGAAGGAGCUGGAAGAACUGCAGGGCAGCAGCAGGCUGACAACUGAGGACGUGAAUUCUGUAGAAGCAGAUACCACCAACCGCUGGCAAGGAGUCUGUGUCAGCAGGGCAUCACCCACUCCCUCAGAAUCUGCAGCUACUGUCAAGUCACUCAUCAAGUCAUUUGACUUGGGAUGCUCAGGGAGCACUGGGCAGAGUAUCACAGUUCACAAGGUCCCCAGGAGCCCUCUGAGUGGAAUUCCAGUGAGGACAGCCCCAGCAGCCGCUGUUUCCCCCAUGCAGAGGCAUACUGCUUACAGUAAUGCAAAGCUGCUCAGCAAAGGAGUCAACAAACACAGAGACCUUCCAGACCUCCCCCUUGCAGACCUUCUAAAAGGGAGAAGUGAGGACCUGAAACCAGACCAUUACCUCCGCAAGAGCCCUUCCCUGGAGUCUCUGAGCAAACCCCCCUCAAUGGCCUUCAGCAGCAGGAUGCUGACCUCCAGCCCAAGCAGCCUGAAACCCCCCAGCAAACUCAGUGUGGAGAGAAAGGACCCAUUAGCAGCCCUGGCCCGAGAGUAUGGUGGCUCCAAGAGGAAUGCACUGCUGAAGUGGUGUCAGAAAAAGACUGAAGGUUACCCGAACAUAGACAUUACCAACUUCAGCAGCAGCUGGAGUGACGGGCUGGCCUUCUGCGCUCUCCUCCACACCUACCUGCCUGCACACAUUCCAUACCAGGAGCUCAAUGGCCAGGAUAAAAAAAGAAAUCUGCUUUUGGCUUUUCAAGCUGCCGAAAGUGUGGGCAUCAAACCCAGUCUGGAACUCAGUGAGAUGAUGUACACAGACCGGCCAGACUGGCAGAGCGUGAUGCAGUACGUGGCCCAGAUUUACAAGUACUUUGAGACCUGAGCCCCAGAGCAGAAGGUGGGCAGAAAUGGGGAAGAGACUGAAGAAUGCCACAGAAGCACUUGAUCACUUUAAAAAUAGCCUCUUUUCUAUUCCAUGAGCCAGCUGAGGCUCCUAGGUUGCAAGGAAAGCUCUUCCACAAUUCUGAUCACAUCUCAGUAACCUUGGACUGCAACCAAAUAAAAAUCCAUUGUCCACCUUUACAAACCAAAUACAGCUGUAAGUUUAUUUCAACAUGGAAACUAUAAGGAGUUUUCUGCCAUUGUGGGAUAUUUCUGAAGAUGAUGCCCUUGUGCUUGAUAAUGAUUGCCUUUCAAACCAGAGUCUGCCAGCUGGAGAUUUGCCACAGAACGAAGUGAAUGUAACUUGAACUUUGUAAAUCAGUGCCUGAAGUAAUGCUGGCACUCAAGGGAUGCUGGCAGAGUAUUGUUAGUGAACCAGUUCACAACAGCGCUCCUCUAACAUAGUUACAAAUACGGCAGGUUUGUGUAGAGUAAACUCAUUACUCCAGGUUGUUCCUAAGUAAUCUGCAAGAAUGUGUAAAUACUUGUUACUUACUACCUAGAAGGCCUUGCUAGCUGUGCCCUGGGCAGUGAAGUGAAAUGCAUAGGUUAUUACUGUAUGUUUAGAUUUGAGGUUACUGUGUAAAAGAGCACACAAGAGAUUAAUACCAAUGGCAACAUGCAACUGUAUUCCGUAAGUUACAGCCAAUAUAGCUGGCAACUCUUCGUGUUGUCUCUGAAGCCAGAGCGAAGCCUGUGGGAUCCCAGCGAUCCUGCUGAUAUCUCCUGGUGUAAAGCAGUGUUUCAUUUGUCACUUUACAUGCCUCUUCGUAUUUGGCCCCAUAAACUUGAAUCUUCCAUUUGCUCUCAGAUGGUCUCAGAAUGUGCUCUCUGUGUGGGAUCUACCCUAGGGCAGCUCUGCUACCCCAGGUUGUGCUGGUAAAAGAAAAUGGUUAUUUACUUACAAUGUUUAACCUUGUGGCCAAGUCCUGAUGCCUCCUGAAUAUUAAUCACCGAGAGCUAUGGGUCAUUCUCCUCCCUUACCUAAGGGAACAGAGCGUGCUCCCUGUUCUAACUCACCCCUCUAGUGAGGCAGAAAUAGGUGCUUUUGCGGAAGAAGCCAGGUGUGUUCAGCUUCCUGAUGCUUCGCAAGUGCCCUGCAUUCACUUGCUGUUGAUACAAUGCUAGAGUCCACAAGCAGCUCAUUUCAAACCUUCAGUUUCUCAUUUUAAACAACUCAAGUUCUUCCCUAGUGAUAGAUGUUAAUCCCCAGCCUUGGAUUUAUAUUUAGAAUUUGGAUCUUGUUGGUUUUUCCUAAAUGUCUCUAAUUUAAGCCCUUCUUUCCAUGAGUUUUGUCUGUAAAUGGAUGUGGUUCUGGGUGCAUCUGCAGUGCCCAAGGCAGCUUUCCAAGAACGGGGGGAGAGAAGGGAAGGGCCAAGCUGCUGUCAUCUAGACCCUGCACCCAAGAGGGAGGCAGACCACUUGGCCAUGAAUUCACCUAAAGGGUAGUGCUCAGACGGCACAGCUCAGUCCCAUGCAAAGUCUAUAGGCAGCAUACAGGUAUGUGAGGUGCAACAAGCUAGUUUAAAAGUCUGAUCCUUGGCAGAACUCACUCCCUGCACGUACUGAUGGUGAGAGGUUGGUAUGUUCAGGAGGUCACUUACUGCACUUGCUAUCAAUUUCUGAAAUCCAGUAACCGCUGGGAGACAUGUUACAGACUCACAGCACAGCAGGUGCGUUUAUCUGGAUCUGAAGCAAGGACAGAACUUAAGCAGUUAGACUGAUCCUGGGGGAGAGGAGCAGCUGAUUUAUCCUCCAGUAUGUUAUGCCUGGAGUGUAUUGGCAAGGAGGCCUAAAACAUCCCAGCUUUAAGCUUGUUCCAACAUGGGUCUAUUUCUGUCCUUUCCUGUAGUUGUUACCACUAUUGUCAUGGGACUGGAUCCCUGUUUUGGUGCCAGCUGUCUCAGCAGAAGGAGACUAAGCCAGCAAGAGUUGAAUCUAGGUCCUGAUAGAGGCUGCAAGCUUUGGAACAGUGUCAAAAAGGGAGACUUUAAGCUCUUAAAGGUAUUUCCUGUUGGUCAAUUUGUUUCUCCUUAAUGAUGCAGGCAGGAUUUGGGGGUGGGUGGGAAUGUCCUUGAAUAAGGAGCAAACUGAACAGAGAAGGUGACCAAAGUCCAGCUUACAACUGCCAUGAACGGCGCGAGGAAUGAAAGUCUCCACGAGAUCUGUCAGUCCUUGUAAUACAUAACUCCCUUGUGGCUUUACCUCUUCAGAGGAAUGCACCAUUCCCAAACGUGCACUCAUGAAACCUUUCUACUACACCGUGUGCUCCCCAUCUAGGUGAUGCUCACUCUCAUGCACACAUAUGUGUGCCUAGUUAGUUUUGGCAGGUCACUAGAUAUUUAAGUCGAUCCUAAAUGCUGACUUUGGCUUAGCUCUUGAGGAAGAUGGGGAAGAGGACAGUUGAGCUGCAGUUCCAGGAGCCCUGGCUGAAGGGAUGCAUUGUGUAAAUGUUGCACAGUGGCUGCUAGGAAAGAGAGGACACAAAGGGAGUGGAAAGUAGGAUCUGAUGUGCAAAGUCACUGAUCCCACAUAGAAAGCACAAAGUAUUUCAUGUCAUGGGAGGGGAAGGCAGAGAUGAGCCUGGGGUGAGAGGGGAUUGGGAAGCCAGCCCAGGGUCUGGGCCUUCUGGGAAAGAGAGGAUUUAUCGUGAAGCUGACAUGCUGUUUCAGAAGACAUGCAGAAGCUGAGUGAAUGUACAGGAUGUGUGAAAGGGAAUGGGCAGAAGUAUUUGGGUCUUUGUGAGAUAGUAGAGGCCUCAGAAGUGUUGAUGUCUGGAAUUUCCUUCAGCUCUCAAUGUGUGGUCUGUCCUCUUUGUUAUCACUGCCAGCCCAGCUUUUGCCAGAUUUCUGCUCUGAACUCCCAAAGCCUGUGGUAUUCAAAGAAACUUUAAGGGGGCUACGGCAGAACUGGUUUCUUUUUCUCUGCUUACAAAAGGCAGCUGAUCAGAGCAGGAUAACAGAUGGGUCCCCUAUGCCACUCACUUUGCAGGCUGAUUUUCUGGGAAUGCAAUUUGACUUUCCAGGCUCCUUCCCACAAGCUACAUCCAUUCCCUCUUCCUUUGACAAGUUUCAGCAGUUCUUGAAAAGUUGAUGGGAGCUGCCAUAUCUUCUUUGCCUCAAGCCUCCUUCCUGCUCUUGGUGCCUUUGUCAGUGUAGGAAUGCCACCACAUUGCAGGGGCAACCCACAGGACACCUGAGUCCCCUCUGUUUGAUUUGUGACCCCUAUGGAUACCCUAAAUCUAGCCUUGGUUUCAGUGACUGCCUUUCUCUCGCUUUCUAGUUGGUAAGAACCGGAGAGAAAUUGGUUAAUCUAAUUACAGAUUUUGUACCUUUCUCAUCUUUCACUGGUCAUGGUACCAAGGCUUCCUUCAGCAAAUGUCCAGGGAGGCCAGCUGUUUGCAAAGCUAUUCCGUGUGUUUGAAAUGCAGUCUGUGCGUUCCUGUCAAAGGAGGGCUUGCUGCCUAACAGGACUCAGGUCACAAGCAUUAAGACAUUUCACACAGUUGGCAAUAGCUUCUACCUUUCCAAACUGGAAUUGCUUUCCACCAACACUCCUUGCUAUUUAGGCUCAGCCACUAACACAGUGUAGAGGCCAGGCAGUAAUCUACUCACCGUUAACCUUUUUCAUAGCUGAUGGUCUCUUAAUUUUUAACUUGCAUCUGUGCCAAAUUUCACUGGGCAGUGCUGGGCACAGCAUUUUUACUGGUUUUGACCCGUACUAGAAUUUUGCCAGGUAGAAGAACCAUCUCUAAUAGUCAAGUAAUUUUAGCUCUGUCCAUUGGAUACAGUUGUUACAUCCAUGAUCUAAUUUAUACAAAGAGCACACUAGAAUGUAUAUACUAGGCAUUGUCAGAUUUGGACAUGCUAAUACAGAUGUAUUUAAAGAUUAACACUAUUAAAGGACACAAUGCAAAAUCUGUGUAAUAUUUCUAAUAAAUCUUUUUUUUCUGA